AUGGCAUCCGAAUUCCGAACAGUGUACUGCCUUAAAUCUCAUUCACAUUUUGAAUUUCAUUCAAGUUUUUUUCUAUCUUAAAGAAAACAGAUAAAUACAAAUUACAAUAGACGUAAAAUUUACAUUACCAAAAACUAUUCUUAUAAAAAUAAUAAGUUAACUUUUGUUAUCCAGCAAGUUAUCCUGUAAAAAUCAUCUGAAUACAAUACUUAAAACCAUAUUGCAGCACUGAUAAAAGUUAUUGGUCCAGAGAAUAUCGUCAGUUCCCUCGCAGUAUGUCGAACCCAGGUUUAACAUCUGAAGCUCAACUCCGGUACAUUCUACAAUGGUUUGGGGAGUUCAGUGAGCUGCAGCGGGAAGACUUUCUACCUGUCUUAGCAGCUGCACAUGGUGGGAAGCCGGACCAGUUAGCUAGCACAUUAGCUGCUCUUUCCUGCGAUGAUAAGCCUGUGAGCUUGUUUCAAUGUCGUAUAAAAUUAUUUAAUGAAUGGUUUCCUACAUGGGCAGAAGAAGAACGGGAUAGACUUGUUAAAGCUGUAUCAGAAAUUGAUUCUGAAUUUGGUAUUAAAUUGCAAGAUGUACUUGUGAAUGGUUUCAAAUUAAAUGGUGAUCUUGAUGAGGAACAUAAAUUGCAUUUUGGAGUAGAAAGUGCUCAAGCUGAAGAGGAUAUAAUUGAACCAGUUAAUAAUGAAAAUAGUGAAACAUUAACAGCUUCACAGGAGAAUAACAAUGUAGAAAUCGCUGCUGCCUCUUAAAAUGCAUAAGAAUUGAUUUUGAUACUUUCAUAGUAUUAUUUUAUUUAUUUUUUAUAGUAAGAAUAUUUUUCAUAUAACUAUAGAGAAAUGCCAUUUUACAGUGAUGCAUGUUUUGUAAUUAAAUAUAUUUUUGGUACCUUUGUACCUGAAUUUUAGAUCUUAUUUGUUGUUGAAAUAAGAAUGAAAUUUUAUUAGUUUAAACUACUAGAUUUAAGAAUUUAUAUGUCUAUAACAUUCCCUAUUUAGAUUAAAUACAUUCCAUUACCUAUUUAAGCAAUUUCCUAGAGUUUUAGAAGAAUCUCAUAUAAAUCAUAUCUUUCUUCUAUUAUAAUAUAUCACUAUUUAGAUAAAUAUAAACUUAUUAAUAAUUUUUUAUGUAUUAAAUUUUACUCAUAAUCAAUAUAUUUUGAUUAAAGUAUAAAAUACUCUUUGUGAUGUAUAAAUAAACAAAGGUUGUAAUUUACUUUUUUGCAAAUUGUUGCAUAUCAAUUGAAGUUUUCAUGUUGUUAUGUGUAUCAAGAUCUGCUACAUUUAAUCUUUUUAAUGCAGAAAUAUAAUUUAAAAAGCACAAACUGUUACCUUAUACUUCUUAUCUUUUAUGUUAUGGGGUGAAUGUUGUGCAAUCGUGAGUUUGGCUUAUUGAUAAAUAAAAACUGAAUUAGGGAUGGGAUGUAUUCCAAUUCCAAAGACAAAUGACUUUGAUAUUGAACAGUUUUGCAUUUGUAUGAAAAAGGCUGGAGCUGUAAUUUUUAUUGUCAUGUAACUUGUCUCCUAUUUUAUUUCAAUUAUUUACAAGAUGAACAUUUUAUUUAUAUCUGUUGAGAAAUGAACAACCGGUAAAGAAACUUCAGUUCCAAAGACCUAAAAGAAAUAAGUACAAACAAUACAAUUUAGUGCCAAGAUUUUGUAUUCCUUUAUAUGCAUAGUGAUUUUUUAUUAUUAUAAAAUAGAUAUUUAAGUGAAAGAGAAAAUUAUGAGACGGGCCGAGUGAUAGAAAGGUGCUGGUGCUUAGAGAUGUGAAGAGAAAGGCAUUUGAUAUUCAUAAAAUCGUACGUAUUCAUUUUAUAAUUAAAUAUAUGUCGUGAAUAUUAA